CGGAGCAUUGCGGUUCACCUCCAAGGCAGAAGCCGGAGGUGGCUGGUGGCCCACACCCGAUUGACCGGCUGGCAGACACUGGGACGGUUUCCUCCCUGGGGCCAUGGACUGACAGGCAGCAUACACCGAAGGGCACCUCUCUGCCCAGAGCUGCGAGCUCUGAGUUCACCAUGCUGGCGCUGGGCAGCAGCCCUGAGCCAAGAACCCGGCAGAUCUCCUGGCUCACCUGCUGGAUUGCUCUCUACGUUGUCGAGGCCCUUCCCACCUGCCCUUUCUCCUGCACCUGUGACAGUCGCAGCCUGGAAGUGGACUGCAGUGGCCUAGGCCUCACCACAGUGCCCCCGGAUGUGCCUGCAGCCACCCGAACCCUUUUGCUCUUGAACAAUAAGCUGAGUGCCCUGCCAAGCUGGGCCUUCGCCAACCUGUCCAGCCUACAGCGUUUGGACCUGUCCAACAACUUCCUGGACCAGCUGCCCGGCUCUAUUUUUGAGGACCUGGUCAAUCUGACCGAGCUGCAGCUACGCAAUAACAGCAUCAGGACCCUGGACAGGGACCUGCUGCAGCACUCGCCCCGCCUCCGCCACCUGGACCUGUCUAUCAACGGCCUGGCCCAGCUGCCUCUGGGCCUUUUCGAUGGGCUCCCUGUUCUUCGCUCCCUCUCAGUUCGCUCCAACAGACUGCAGAGCCUGGACCGGCUGACAUUCGAGCCCCUGGCGAGCUUGCAGCUACUGCAGGUCGGGGACAAUCCCUGGGAAUGUGACUGUAACCUGCGAGAGUUCAAGCACUGGAUGGAGUGGUUCUCUUAUCGAGGGGGACGCCUGGACCAGCUGGCCUGUACCCUACCCAAAGAGCUGAGGGGGAAGGAUAUGCGCAUGGUUCCCAUGGAGAUGUUCAACUACUGCUCCCGGCUGGAGGAUGAGAACAGCUCAUCUGGGCUGGAUGCUCCUGGCCCAUCCUGCACCAAAGCCAGCCCUGAACCUGCCAAGCCCAAGCCUGGGGCGGAGCCAGAGCCUGAGCCCAGCACAGCCUGCCCUCAGAAGCAGAGGUACAGGCCGGUGAGUGUGCGGCGAGCGAUCGGCACAGUGAUCAUUGCGGGAGUUGUCUGCGGCAUCGUGUGCAUCAUGAUGGUGGUGGCCGCUGCCUACGGCUGCAUCUAUGCCUCCCUCAUGGCCAAGUACCACCGGGAGCUCAAGAAGCGGCAGCCCCUGAUGGGGGACCCCGAGGGUGAGCACGAAGACCAGAAGCAGAUCUCUUCUGUGGCCUGAGAGCCCACCUGCCUGGCCUAGCCCUCCAGCAGACUGGCCACAGUGCGGUCAUCUCCAUGAACUUCCAAG